GGAAUUUAUUGCAGUGCAGAUGCUGCAGGAGCCGAGACUCCCGCGCAAAUAAACCACCAACACAUAGGCAUACGUACAUAAUACAUACUCACACACACGUAGCUGCAAAUCAACAAUUACGCCCACGCAACAGCAACAACAAACGCGGGAGAAUAGAAGCCGGGAAGCAGCAGCAACAACUUUUUUCCACCUAUAACGGUUUCAAGUCGACUUCCUUGGGUUUAAGAAGCGCUUUCAAAAUGGCUUGCACCUGUGAAGUCAUUGGCCUGGCCUGUGUGGUGGCCUUAAUCCUAAGUAUUUCCGCCAAAGCUCCCUAUCAGAUGCGCAUGAUCUUCAUAUUCUUUGGAGCGGGUGCCAUAGUCCUGCUGUGUGUGCCCUUCAUGAUACUGAGGCCGAGGGACUAUCGUAAUGCCCUCGUUCCUUCUUGGUGCUUCAGGCAGCUGUGCCGCUUGAUGGGCAUCACCAUGGAGGUGCGGGGCCUGGAGAAUGUGCGCAAGGAUCACGGCGCCGUGGUCAUAAUGAACCAUCAGAGUGCGGUGGAUCUGUGUGUGCUGGCCUACCUGUGGCCAGUGAUCGGUCGAGCCACAGUCGUGUCCAAGAAGGAGGUCCUGUACAUUCCGUUCUUCGGCAUCGGGGCGUGGCUCUGGGGCACCCUUUAUAUUAAUCGAUCCCGCAAGUCGGACUCGAUUAACUCGCUGCAGAAGGAGGCAAAGGCGAUACAGGAGCGCAACUGUAAGCUGUUGCUGUUCCCGGAGGGCACACGCAACAACAAGGACACGCUGCUGCCCUUCAAGAAGGGCUCGUUCCACAUCGCGCUCCAGAGCAAGAGCCCCAUCCAACCUGUGGUCAUCUCCAAGUACUCAUUUAUGGACGAUGAAAAGAAGACCUUCCGCCCGGGCCAUGCCCUCAUCCACAUCCUGCCCGAAGUCUCAACGGAAAAGUACGACAAGGACGACAUUGAGCAGCUAAUGGGCGAGUGCCAGUCCAUCAUGCAGACAGAGUACUCGAAGCUGAGUAAAGAAGGCCAAGCCUUGAGCGCGAAGAAGCAGGCAUAGGACUGGAUAUAGGAUGUACGAUUCACCUCAGGUUAAACGAAAAUAACACCCAGAUAAUAUACAAUAGUUCCUGUUUGAGGACGUAAUUUAUUGCAAUCUAGAAGAUUUGGCACGAGAGAGUGAGAGGAAUAAAGCAACGGAAAUUCGGAAAUGUAGAGGAGACUUGGAUUAAUUUUUGCCUAGGAUUAAGUUACGCUAUAUUGCAUACUUCGGAAAUAUUUUCGAUGAAUAUUAACUGUUUUACCUCAAAAUGCAUGCACAUGUAUGCCAAGAGCUUUUUUUGACAAAUGAAACGAGAAAAACCAACCAACAAGACACUUACAAGGGACUAUUAAGCACAUUAUAAGCUUCGUACGAUCUAUGUAUUGAGUUGUAAAUGUAAAUAAUGAAAUGAGAAAUAUAUAACAUGUAUUUGGCACUGAA